UUUGCAGAUUUAGCAAAUUUUCGCAAUCUUUCUAUAAAUAUAAUUAAAGGUUAUAAUAAUAUAAAGAGGUUAUAAAUAUAAUAAGUUAAAGAAAUAAGCUUUAUUUUCUGCAUAGAAUUAUGGAAGAAAUGGCUGGGCUUCGACUUUUCUUCGUUUUCUUUUUAUUAAGUACGGCCAGCUGCCUUCCCGUCAACUUCGGUUUCGGUCAGAACUGGGAACAGAGCGAAAAAGAGAAUAAGCAAUACCAAAGAAUGCCGUUACCCGCAAACUUUAAUCCCAUUCAAGGGAAAUCGUCGAACGUUCCGUCGCACCCGGAGAUAUACAACGAAUAUUCCGAACACCUGUUCCGCGAAUAUCUAGAACAAGAAAAGAGAGUUCUAGAGACCAGGUUAAAUCUUAUUUAUUCGUUAUUUACUAAAGUGCCUUAUUUUAAAGUACGUUUUCCUAAAGUAUUUUAUCCCGAAGUACCUUAUUCCAAACCCGUCCCGUUCCCCACCGGCUCCGUCUAUACUCCUUACGCCCAUCGAAACAACAUCGUAAGCGACAAGAGUAGCGGAAAGAAUCUCUACUUCGUGCUCAACAUGACUGGCUUCGCGGAUAACGAAAUAUCGUACGACGUCAAAGAAAGCAGAAUUAUAGUACAAGCUACGCACGAAGACCAAUUCUAUACGCGAGAAUUGAUAUGGACCUUCCUCUUGCCCAUGGGUACGGAUGCGGACACCAUUCAGUUCAACUUCGACGGUUAUUAUUUGACCAUCUCGGGAAUUUUGCCGCAAGACGUCAGUCUGUUCUCGGCUUCUCAGACUUUCCAGCAUAACCUCAGGCACAAAUUCUUCUACCAACAGUCAAAUAAUCUUCCGUAUUUUCAAGGAAAGAGUUCGGGUGAUUGACAACGUGUAUAUCCUAUUGGAAAUAGCGCUGUAUGUAUAUAUAUCCCCCGCAACCGCUGAUUUUCGAAAUAAAUAUGUCUGGUAAACUUAA